GCCGCGCACACAACAACACUAAUACUCAAAUAAAAAAAAAUCGCUAAAAACACAUCAAAAGAUGACAGUUCAAAUUCAAAUUCCCUAUGUUCGAAUUUAGAAAUGUCCGCUCAACAGGCGCGGGAAAGAGACGAACAUAACUCUGAGCGUCUGCUUCGGUGACGUCGACGGCCGGUGCAUAGCGAAAUAUAAUGAAAAGUGGCAGUAAUUUCGUUGUGUUUACGCGCUGUGCUAGUUUAUUUGGUUAAUAGCGGUUUGUUUUUCUAAUCGGCUGCGUUUGGACCGGUGGCGCCCUCUCCGUGGCCCAUUCCCGCUCCAUAGAUACACAUGGUUGUAUUUCAUGGAGCUGUCAAAACAUUAGCGACCUCGUGGACUGUGAUUUUGACGAGACUACCCCUUCGGGGGACGGCGUGAUGUGUGAUAGUGCAACUAGUUUUUGGCGCGGAGAAACUGUGGCGGGCGUAACGCGGAAAAUUGAGCUAGCGGUGUUUUUUUCCUAACUUAACCUACGACAAUCUUCAGUUGCGCGCGAGCUGUCCCCGCACGCGCCUCGCGUAUCAUCCGACACGAAAAUCUACGAAAAUCCGCCGAAUGGACCCCGAGUCGGUGGCGAGCUCGCCGAAUUCACUUUCCGAACUCCAUGUGAGUGUGUUCAAAACGUUCCAUUUUCGAAUGCAGCGGAAUAGUCGCGACCGCGCGUUCGAUGACCUCAUAAAGUGAAACUAUUUUUUUCUUUCACUUCGCUCAAUUUUGUGAUGUAGCCAUAGUGCCUCUGUCGUACAAAACUUAUGGAAUAUUGUGAUGUCAAAGUGCAAACUUAGAUAAAACUAGGAUAUAGAGUGUUAGUGAACUAUUUAUUAAUGGAGAAACAAACGAGAACGAACAUUUAAUGUGCAUAUGGACAAAUGCUGCAUGGACUUUAGGGUAGCAGCACCCUGGCCAUGGCGGAGUGCUCGUUCGCGCGGUGCCAGCAGGAACGUCGCGCCAUUCGCAAGGAGCUGCAGCGCUGGACCAAGAACAUGGUCUAUAUCCUCGGUCUAGAACGGGUGGCGGAGGAGUUGAUGGGUCGAAGAAAAUGGAAACUAUAUCAGGACGCGUUAAUUCCAAAACGGGGGGAGGCAGAGUUAUCCAGCGACGAGGAAUCGGUCCAGACAGACCCUCCACCGGCCUUGAAGAUCAAGACUAUAGAGCAGAUCAACGAGGACGACGCGAAGGAAGACAGGGUGGAGGAGAAGGCUCCUCGAAGGCCGGAGACGAUCCUCGAAUCGCUGAUCAAGAGGCCGGCCACGCAGCCCAAGCUGGAGGUGUCAGAGGAACCUGCAGACUGGAAGCCACAGGACAAAUGCUACUUCUGUACGGAUGGUGAGCCUGGAGGGGGGGAGACCAGGCCCGCCGGUGCUAUGAGUCCCGCAUCGGAGUCGGACAGCAGUUCGGUGUCGGAGGCGAAGAGUCCUGCGUCUGCGCCGCCCCUGCUGCAGCAUCUGCUGCAACUGCAGGCGCAGAACCCGCAGACUAUAGCACAGUUUCAGCAGAUGCUGACGGCUCUGGCGGCGCUGGGCAGCGGUCUGGUGCCGCCGCCGCCGCUCUCGCAACCCUGGAUGAUGCAGCGGCUCGUGCAUAGGCAGACCGAUAGGCUACCCGAGGUCGGGGAGAAGGCGCCGGCGUCUUCCUCGCCCAACCUUGCGGAGCAGCCCCUCGACCUGAGCGCCAAGUCCACCUCCAGCACCAGUGGUACUCCGCCUCCUGAUGCCAAGUUACUGGAUAACAGAUUGAAGCGAGCUGUACUCGAGGGCGCCGGCAACAGCGGGCGGCGCGCCUACACGGAGGAGGAGCUGCAGGCGGCGGUGCGCGACAUCCAGGCUGGCCGGCUCGGCACGCGCCGCGCCGCGCUCGUCUACGGCAUCCCGCGCUCCACGCUGCGCAACAAGCUCAACAAGUUCGGCACCCCGCUCGACCACCCCGACUCCGACAACGACAGCGAUGCCGACCGCCCCGACUCGCCCCCCUCCGUCAUCCUCAAGAUACCGACCUUCCCCCCGCCCGACGACAAGAGCCCCUCCCCCGCAGGACAAGUGCAAGCCCCCAUCGCGCCGAUAACGCCACUGAUCCCCACGUCACCGGCCAUCAAGGCACCCUCACAGCUGCUGCUCCCGCCCUCCGUGUUCGCCGACCCUCCCUCGACGCAACACCUCUUCACGUCUCUUAGCGACGUCAUCGCUAAAAGCAUCAGCCAGAAGUUCCAGCAACCCCUAGAUAGGCCACACCACCAGCCCAGUGAACUGAUGUACGCGCGCGGCCCCGACCGGCACGUGUCCGUCAUCAAAACUCCACCCGACAACCAACGCUACCCCGCACCCGGCAACUCUAAAGCCACUCCGAACAACAACGGGCAGCCGGCCACUGGCGGCAAGGGCACGCGGCCCAAGCGCGGCAAGUACCGCAACUACGACCGCGACAGCCUCGUGGAGGCCGUGAAGGCGGUGCAGCGCGGCGAGAUGUCAGUGCACCGCGCCGGCUCGUACUACGGCGUGCCGCACUCUACGCUCGAGUACAAGGUCAAGGAGCGCCACCUCAUGCGUCCGCGCAAGCGCGAGCCCAAGCCGCCGCAGGACGCCAAGCCGCAGCCGCCCAAGCCGCCACCUCCCAAACCGCCGACGAAACCGUUCUCCAACGGACUCAACGGGCCGGAGGGUCCGGGCUAUCCCCCCGGCUACCCCUUCUGGCCGGGCAGCGGGUUCCCCCCGCCGCCCGCUCCCGACUUGUACGCGUCGCACAUGAUGCGACGACUGCGUGAAGAGGCGCCUCCGCCCGCCAACGGGUCGUUCCUGGAGGGCAUCAUCCGGUCGAGCCUGGAGCGGCCGGCGCUGCUGCAGCGGCUGGCGGCGCCGCCGGGCGAGGCGCUGCGGCGCGCGGCGGACGGCGACGAGCCGCCGGCGCGCCGGCCGCGGCUGGACAGCUCGGACCAGGCGCUGGCGGCGGAGAUGCGCGAGGCGGUGCAGCGGCUGCGCGCCGACAAGCUGCGGCCGCGCAACGGCACGCCCACGCCGCCGCCCGCGCCGCCCGCAGAGCCGCCGCCGCCGCCCGCCGCGCCGCCCGACCGCGCCUAGUGCCCGAGACGCCCCGAUCUCCUCAGUCUUUGUGAUAAUAUUAUGUAAAGUACAUUCCGCCGGGCGGCCCGACGCUCGCCGCUCACGCUAGUGCAAUACGGCCCGCUGAGGUUCGUCGUCCGAGACUCGCGUAUCCGUGUAUACUGUUGUAGUGACAAUAACUUAGUCGCAGGCUUCUCGCGCGGGCGCCGUGUCCGACGCUCGACGCUCUUCACCGGUAUGUAGUGUCUCCUCUUUAUGUUUCCGCUUCCUCGGUCAGUCCGGACAGUCCUCACACACACGUCUCCACAUCGACACAUUAUCACCAAAUAUCACAAUAGUUACCUAAAAGUCACAACCAGUUCAAUAUAUCACAGCUUUACUAAUGCAAUAUCACAAUAUUAUAUAGUGUUAGUGUCCCAUGACAGAGAUUCGGAUGCCGUCGGUUGUGACUUGCAGUCGCGUUGCAUGUGCCUCGAGCUGAUCACUAGCCGAGCUAUGGGAGAACUGUUCGGUCACGUGGCGAGCAGUCGCAGCUGUUGUCUGUGGGCGACCACUGCAGGGUAGAACGACACUGCACGUUGCAAGCGGCGCUAGGGUUGUCCAAAAUUCACGCAAAUCCAGAGAGCCUCAAAUUUUGACCUUGUUUUUAAGUAAAAGACAACCAAAAGUUAACGUUAUAAAAUUAACUAUUUAAAAUAUUUUUUAAGUAAUAAAAAACAAUGUAACAAAUUAAUUAUAAAGCUAGCUAUGAGUGUAAAUGUUAUCGAUUUUUAAGUGAACUAUUGCAGAUUUUGUGCGGUGUUUUUAUAAUUAGAUAGGUAAUAUAUUGAAUGAAAUUAUUAGCGCUAUUGGCGGGUAGUGCGGUUGUGGUAUGUUGUCGUCGCCGCGGCCAGGCCGGCGCCCGCGCAUUCGUCCGCCGGCCCAGCCGAGCCACACGGCUCUACGUUCGGACUUAUGUGCAAUUAUUAUUUUGUAUAAAAUAGUAAUUUUAACUGUGUCUAAGCUAACACGUGGAUUUCCAUAUUACUGAAUGUGAUAUUUAGGUAUUACGAGUGCGGUUUGAUCACGUUGACCUGCGGGCCCCAUCAUAUACACGUACGUACAUUAAAUACAUCUAGUGAACUUAUAUAUUUUAUGUACUAUUAUUGUAUCUUAAGAAGAUAAUAUUCUUAUUUUUCAUGGUCCAAGUUUUAAAUGUUUUAUCGACUAUACAAAAAUGUGGAUAAUCAUUAUUAUAUUCUUGUCGACUUUAAAAUUAUAAUUAGCCCAAAAAUCCUCAAAAAAAAAUUGAUAUCUUCAAAUUUGUGAAAUUUUUUGGUGUUCAAUCAAAAAUAUAUUAUGGAAGUACGAGAUGAAAAUGUAUACGCUCUCCCAGAAUUAAAUUUAGGUAAAAACUAUUUGGAUAUAAAAUUAUCAUACGAUACUUAUUGUAAGUUAUGUGUACAUGUGCGCCUCAUGGAAAUUAAGAAGUCUUUGUAUUAUGUAUGUAAUUAAAAUAUACAUAAUUAUAUUAUAUACAAGUUAAAAUUUAAUGUCGUACAUUUUUCUUCGGAGACCACAAGUGAUGUGCAAAAUGAAAGAAGUACAUGGGAUUGUCCUCGACAUUUCGACAUAACAAUUAUAUUAUAUCCUUCUCGGACCGAAACAAAACAAUUUAUUAUAUACAAGUGAUAUUCGAAGUCAUUAUCCAAAACAAAUACAUAUCCCCAAUGGCGAGAUGUCGAGCUCUCUCAAAAGGAAAAAAAAAAAAACAAAAAUUUUUAUAUUCAAAAUUUUAAACUAGUCGAUAGCAUGUCUUCACUUUUGUUUCUCUGUGCAUAAUUUUCGACGUCUUUUUAGCAUUUAAUCUUAAAAAAGUUAAUCUAUAAACGUUAUGUGCAUUUAUCUGAGUGAUGGAUACUUUUGUAUAUUGAAACAAAUAUAACAUUAUUUACCGUCGUGUUGACAUCCCUACCAGACCGCAUUUCCAAAUUUGAAAUGUUGAAAAUCGAACAACUUUUUUUUCUCAAAAAUACGUACACGAAUCUGUGUGUUAUGCCUGACAUUUGUUGAUAGCUUAAACAAAAAGGUUAUUUUGUGUAAGAUUGUACAGACAUAGGAUGGGACAAUUUGCAAAGAGAAUUUAGAUAAUAAUCAACAUUCCGUUUAGAAUGUUAUUAGAUUUUUUUAAUUAAUAAUAUAACUAUUUUUUGCAUCGGGAACAAAUAAUUAUGUUGUUUAAUCUUAUUUUGUAACGUUAGUUAAUUUUUAAGUGGCUUUAUUUUAUGAAAAUAACCUUUAUUGUAUGAUUAAUGUCAUAUUAUAUUGAGAUGUUAUACAUUCAUUGUUUUUGUGCAAAGUGUUUGGGGUUCUAUUCCCGGUUAAAGAGAGUUGCGACUGAUAUGUAGUAGAAAAUAGCCGCGUGCUCGAGGCAUCGGCUCGGUCGGUACAAAUGGUAUAAUACACCGCCUUACACUUAAAAAUGUUAUUAACAGUGAUCUCUCUACACUUAAAAUAAUCACCAAGGCGAGGCGAACGAGGGAAACUUACUUAAAUAGCGUAAUAGCUAAUUAACAUAAAAUAAUUUCCGAGUUGAUUAUUUUUUGGGAUUAUCAUGGAUAAGACUGCUGUUGUCAGAUCACAUGAAGGAGAUACAAAAUAUUUACAAAACUUCUGCCUCCAUUCAAAUACCUCAUUUCAAAAUAGCGAUGCAAGUUAGAUUCAUAAUGUCGGAACUCAACAUUGGUACAUAAUUACAUGUAGUUUGAAAACAACAGUUUUACACCAAAGAGGUCACUGGUUUAUUAGUGAAUCAUUUUUAUUGUAUAUUGUUCAAUCAUUUUUCCACAUAGUUUAAGAAUUUUAGUUAAUAUUGUAGUGUAUUUUUCAAUUAAAUAGGUAGUCCGUAGCAAUUCUUUAAUAUUUUUCUUGUUAAUUUUUUUUUUCGUAAAUGUAAUAAAUUCUCCGUAAGGGUUAGGUUAGUCUUGAACGGCCCUCAACUGGUCCAGAACAAAAGACAAUGAAGGGAAAGUUGCAUUUUUAAUUAAAUCAUUUAAUAUACGUUAAGUAACCGCAGCAUUGCCACUCGUAUCCGAUGCGUCUACUCUUGUAAACGUAUCCGAUCGAAAUGCAAACGUUGACACAAUUUUUAAAUUCGACUUUCGAAUUGUAGAAUUCGAUUUUUGAAUUUGAAACGUUGAAUACGUGUUACUCGUAAAAGACAUUGCCAGGAUGUUAUUUUACGAAGCAUUUUUAUGGACACAAGUUGUUUGUUUGUGUGACUGUACCUAACUUGGUGCGGUUUCCAGCUGUACACUGUGUCGUCGUGUCCGCUCGAACAUACGGGAGAUGUUACGCUUAGCUAGUAUUGUGUCGGACACGGUGCUCGCCUGUGUACAGCUGACAACCGGCCCCUCUAUAAUGUAAGAAUCACCUAUUGUCGUCACUAAUUGUUUUCCCUUUACAUCUUGUAUGUAUUUCUAGAUGGUUAAUUUUAAAACAUUAAUGAUUAUUGUACUAUUAUUACAAUAAUUGACUUAUUAUUAUUGACAUUUAGCAUUAUCGUGGAAAGGUAUAGAAUAUUGAAUGAAAGUUUUUUAAUGUCUUGCUAGACGCAGUUCGCGGGUGUUCCACAUUCGUGUUUUUUUUUUUAUAAAAAUUAUGUACAACAAGAAGCAUUUAAUUUUAGAAAUAUUAAAUACCUAUAAUGUUAUAAAUUUAUUGAACGGAUAGCAAAUCAGGUAUUUGCUAUCUCGAUGUAUUUAUUUUGAAUAAACGCUUAAAAAUAUUACAUCACACUGCUGGGGGACAUUUUCUUAGAAUGUUUUCUUUGCGAAAUUUAUUAUUGGGAUUCUUUUUGUGAUUUAAAAUGAAAUCAGUUAGGUAAUGGACCAAUGUAUAAGCUAGAUAAAACUGUUAUUUCCUAAAGAAUCGAUAAUGGCUCACGUUUUUUUUUAUAAUAUAUAAACUGCGAAAUGAGCUAACAAGAUCAAAUUAUAAUAUUGUUAUUUAAUUAUUGAGUACAAGUUUUAAUGAAAUAUUUUUUUUUUCAAUAUACCUUACUCGCCUCUUUAUUUUUGUUAUUUUGUUCCUUUAGUUUUUAUUAUUAUUGUUUAAAUCAUAAACAGAUGAUUAGAUUUCGAGUUUAAUUUAAGCGACUCAUAAUUAUUUUUAUUAUAAAUUAUAAAAAUAUUAUAUAUCUUUCAAUUCCUCAGUAAGAAAAGUGAUGUUUAUAGGUUAUUUCCGAACCCAUAUCAUUGACGAACGAAAUCGUAAAAAUUGGCGAAUAAUGUGAUUGGCACAACACUAUUGUAUUAAAUCUAGUCAAAUUUUUAGGAUGGUGAAAAAAUUGAGAAGCUAAGCUUACGACGAUUCGACUGAAUUUUUGAUAAAAAAAAAAUUAAACAAACGUCCAAAACCGUCGCUAGGCGACUUAAAAAAAAAAGUUGAUUUGACAUUGUGGAAUUGUAGCCGAUGUUUGUAAAAAUACUGUUUUCUUACUUAUACUGUAACUUGAAUAGGAUGAUUUGAGUGAAAAAGUAAUGUUUUUUCAUAUGUAAUGUCCUUUAUCUAUAGGAUCUUUAUACCUUACGUUAAAUAUCAUAAUGAAAUGGCUGGUUAGGCAGGUGUAAUAAUGUGCGAGGAUAUUUAAAACCUGUAUACAAUAAAUUUCUUUCAUUUGUUGAAA